UCUCUUGCAAUGGGCUUUUUCGCUUCCUGUCCCGACCUUUUUCUUCCCAGAUUCAUUCUACACGCGCUUUACGUUCUUGGGUUCCUCAGAAAUCUCAUCUCCUGCCUUUUCAGGCUUCUGGGUCUGACCCAUCUCCUCGAAUACGAAGUUUUAGACGCGUCUGAUCAUAUCCGCUUGCCUGGAUUCCGGUCCUCGUCAGCAAUGCUCAUCCGUCAGAUCUUGCCUUUGGUUCGUUUUGGGGAUUUGUAUGCGGAGAAGGUGAUGGAUGAGUGUGUGAUUUGCCUGUGUGACUUUGAGGAGGACGACGAGAUCAGACGGUUGAGGAACUGCGAGCACGUAUUCCAUGGGAGCUGUUUGGACCGUUGGAUGGAUUGUGACCACCAGACAUGCCCGCUAUGUAGAAGUCAUUUGGUUCCAGAAGAGAUGAGGAGAGAAUUCAAGGAGAAGCUUUGGGCAACAGAGCAGGCUCUGUAUUUGGAAGGUGAGGAUCCGUCCACAUGGCCGGACAUCGAUUUGUUAUAACAGGUAAAGCAAUCCAA